AUGUGUAUUUUCAGUGACCGUUCGGAUUCGCGUAGCCAGACGCCGCCGCGUCGUCGAAGCCGCUCGAGGAAGUUUGGCGACAUUGAAAAUGUUUGGUUGGCAACUUAUCCGCCACUCUUCGCAUUCGUAACAUUCAAAACGAAGGAGGACGCCGAUGAUGCAUUGAAAGAGAUGAAUAACGCGUACAUUGGAAGAAACAGAAUCAAAGUGGCCACAGCCCAUCCGCCGCGAAAACCCGGUGACCGAGGCCCAGUGCGCCGUUAUAGUGGUGGAGGAGGAUAUCGAGGAGGCGGAGGGCCACGUUCAUAUGGUGGCGGCUAUGGCGGUGGUUACAGCAGCCGGGGUGGUGGUGGUGGUGGAUAUGGAGGCGGUUACGGCGCGCGUUCGGGGGGUUCUCGUUCGUACGGUGGAGGGGGCGGUUAUCGAAGCAGUUAUAGCAACGGUGGUGGUGACCGAAGUACACACUGUUUGUCUGUUAACUGA